UAGCGGGCUAGCGUAGUUGAUUAAAUUGUAAUUACAGCGGCACAUAGCCGAAGGCCGCUACAGACGCACGAAGGUGCUACUACAGCGGCGGGUGCCGGCGGCAAUAAAUCUGACGAUUGUGUAGCAGCGGAGUGGUCAGACCCGUCGGAACACUCGCGAUGUCGCAGCUGCGAUAAGAUACCGAGCGGCGAGGAGGAAGACGAAGAAGGCGUGCGACGCCGCGGAAAGGUCGUCACGCGAAGUUGCGGCGAAGAAGAGCGGUCGCCGCUUCACCGCUAAGCGUCUUGCCCUACCCCACAGAAAGUUUAUUCGCGUAGUUCGAGCCUUUCCUAAGCACCCCCGUGCCAUCAUGAGCGCGUACACCAAGUACCAGACUCCGCUGUCCUCGCGCUAUGCCAGCCCGGAGAUGUCUUUCGUGUGGAGCGACCAGAAGAAGUUCUCGACUUGGAGGAAGUUGUGGAUCUACCUGGCUACCGCCGAAAAGUCCCUGGGUCUCCCCAUCACGGACGAGCAGAUCAAGGAGAUGCAGGACCACGUAGACAAGAUCGACUUUGCGGCAGCGGCCGACGAGGAGCGCCUGACGCGCCACGACGUGAUGGCCCACGUGCACAUCUUUGCCAAGCAGUGUCCCAAGGCGGCACCCAUCAUCCACCUGGGGGCCACCUCCUGCUACGUCGGUGACAACACGGAUUUGAUCCUGCUCAAGGAGGCCUUUGGAAUCCUCAUGCCCAAGCUUGCUCGUUGCAUCCAGCGGUUGUCGAAGUUUGCGACCGAGUACGCCAUGCUUCCAACGCUCGGGUUCACGCACUUCCAGCCUGCGCAGCUGACGACAGUGGGCAAGCGGGCGUGUCUGUGGGUGCAGGACCUGCUGAUGGACCUGCGCAACCUGAAGCGGGCGCAGUCGGACCUUCGGUUCCGCGGCGUCAAGGGCACCACGGGCACCCAGGCGAGCUUCCUGCAGCUCUUUGAGGGCGACCACGCCAAGGUGCAGGAACUCGACCGGCUCGUCACCAAGAUGGCCGGAUUUGAGAAGGCGUACAUAAUCUGCGGCCAGACAUACACUCGCAAGGUCGACAUCGACUGCCUCGCAGCACUCGCCAGCCUCGGUGCCUCGGUUCACAAGAUCUGCACCGACCUUCGGCUGCUGGCGCACAUGAAGGAAGUGGAGGAGCCCUUCGAGAAGACCCAGAUCGGCUCGUCCGCGAUGCCGUACAAGCGCAACCCCAUGCGGAGCGAGCGGUGUUGCGCCCUGUCACGCCACCUGAUGGCACUGGUGUCCGACCCGCUUGCCACGCAGGCCACCCAGUGGAUGGAGCGCACCCUCGAUGACAGCGCCAACCGGCGCAUCAGCCUGGGUGAGGCCUUCCUCACGGCGGACGUGGUGCUGAACACCCUGCAGAACAUCUGCGAGGGCCUGGUUGUCUACCCCGAGGUAAUCAAGGCCCACAUCCGGCAAGAGCUGCCCUUCAUGGCCACCGAGAACGUCAUCAUGGCCAUGGUCAAGGCCGGCGGCAACCGACAGGACUGUCAUGAGCGCAUUCGUGUCCUGUCGCACGAGGCGGCCGCCCAGGUCAAGGAGAAGGGCCUGGCCAACGACCUCGUGGCACGCAUUCGGGACGACCCGUACUUUGCCCCGAUCCACCAGCAGCUCGAUUCACUGCUGCACCCUUCGUCGUUCAUCGGCAGGGCACCCGAACAGGUGAAGGAGUUUGUCGAGAAAGAGGUGUUUCCUGCCCUGGAGCCGUACAAGGCGCAGAUGAACGUCGAAGCCAACGUCCAACUGUGAUGACGCAGUCGUCAAGGCUGUCGACACCGAGGCUACAUUAGCCGCGAGGCAGAAAUUCGCUGUUCAGUCUACGAACGAAAAAAAAAGCUAUUUUUCCACGUCCAGAAAUAAAUAUACUACUGCAUUUGUUAA